ACGUCUUUCCCCGGGGUGUUCCCCCCUGUGACCCAGCGGCCUUACGCCUCGUCUUCGACACGCUCACGAAUAAAGGACUCUAGAGUCGUGUGUGCACACACACACCCAGACACGCACACGGGCUCACACACAUGCUUGCUUUUUUUUCCGUUCCCCCUACGCUUUCCGAAGCCUGGGGACACAUCCGGUGACAGAGGUGUUUUGGUUGGGUUUUCUUUUGCUUUUUCGUUUUUAGACUUUCAAAAGCAAUUAACGAUCAGACAUAGGAAAAACCCUGAAUAGAAAGACAACUUUUGAAUGUUGGAUUGCAAAAAAAAAAAAAAAAGUUAUCUGGACAGCUUCUUUGAGACUAUUUAAAAACUGGUACAACAGGUCUCUGCAACGCCAAGAUCUAACUAAGCUUUAAAAGGUCAAGAAGUUUUAUGGCUGACAAAGGACUCGCACCAGCGCAGAAGGCCCUUCCCACCUUAAGCUUCGGGGGAUUUGGGAGUUUUACCCCUGCUGUCUUGCGUUUGUCUGAGUUGCAUCUCUCUGCGAGCAAGGGCUGGAAUCAUGUUUUGUUUGGUUGUUUUGAGGGAGAGAGGCGGGUGGGGGGUGCAAGUUGGCCAACAGCUCUUACGUAAGGCAUGUUCUACUGAGCCAGGGCCGAGCGCUUCUGUCCUCUCGGGUGGGGUUGGCUUUUGUUGCUUUUUGUUUGGGUACGGAGUGGGAAAGCGUACUUAUUUUGGCAAAAUUCAGUUUUCAGCAUUGGAGAGGUUAGAUGUGAUCAUCUAUAACUUUUUCCCUUCUCUUUUGGUUCUACUCAAAAAGCAUCCUUCCCAUCAGCAAAUCUCGGGAUAGCUGGGAGUAUGGCCACCCUGCUCCACGAUGCAGUAAUGAAUCCAGCAGAAGUUGUGAAGCAGCGAUUGCAGAUGUACAACUCGCAGCACCGGUCAGCCCUCAGCUGCAUCCGCACGGUGUGGAGGACCGAGGGUUUGGGGGCCUUCUACCGGAGUUACACCACACAGCUGACCAUGAACGUUCCCUUCCAGUCCAUCCACUUCAUCACCUACGAGUUCCUGCAGGAGCAGGUCAACCCGCACCGGGGCUACAACCCGCAGUCCCACAUCAUCUCAGGCGGGCUGGCCGGGGCCCUCGCCGCGGCCGCCACGACCCCACUGGACGUCUGCAAGACCCUGCUCAACACUCAGGAGAACAUGGCCCUGUCCCUGGCCAACGUCAGCGGCCGGCUGUCGGGCAUGGCCAAUGCUUUCCGGACGGUGUACCAACUCAACGGCCUGGCCGGCUACUUCAAGGGCAUCCAGGCCCGCGUCAUCUACCAGAUGCCCUCCACGGCCAUCUCCUGGUCUGUCUAUGAGUUCUUCAAGUAUUUCCUCACGAAGCACCAGCUGGAGAAUCGAACUCCAUACUAAAGGAACAGGCUAUGGGAAGCAAUUCCGAAAUCUUUUAUUCUUAACAGGCUUUCUGUGCCUGCUUCUGCUCUCUCGCCCCCACACUUAGGUCAUUUUUUGCAGGGUGCCGCCUGCGGGCCCGGUGCCCCCUGCUGCCUUAGAGAGAGGAGCGGGCGGGAUGGCCGCCCACCGGGAGGCCGUCCGCAGGGACAUCCCAGGUGGCGGUGGACGGGCAGGACUUGGGAAGGGGAGCGAGAAAUUGCUGUUUCUCUUCCUCCCCGGGCGGAAUGUAGCUUUUCUGCUUCACUGUGGCAAUCUCCUCCCUAGAUCCUUAGAUCACACAGGAGGGAAGAAAAUAUACAGUGACUGAAACCGUGAAAGAAAAACAAAACAAAACAAAACAUUUUAUGUAUAUAAAAGUUCCAUUACACAGUAUAAAAUAGAUGGAUAAUGUUUAUCCUUUAUUUUUCUAUGGAGAAGUUUUUGAAUUUGUGUGUGUAGUUGUUCGUGUCUACAUAUAGUAUUACAGCUGGGACUCUCAGGCUGUUUUUAAAAAAAUGAGAGGGUUUGAAUUCUUCCAUCAGGUGAGCUAAAAAGGCACCAAAGUACUAAAGCUCGGCCGAACGUGGCCUACACCCGUUUAGCCCCCUCCGGAUGGAAGUCUCACUUGAAUGUAAAAUAAUAAAUAUUAAGUUUAUAUUUUGAAUUUCUCUUUUUAUGGGGGAAGAAAGGUACGCUGAAAAAUCAGAAUAAUGAUAUAUUACUUGCAGCUGCUUUUUUUUUUUUUUUAAAUUCAAUUCAAUCAGUCACCUUCAUGUGCCUUUUUUCCCAUUGUCUUUCCUGAAAGUUCCAGGACCAAAGUCCGGCCCUGGCACGCUUUCUCCUGCUGUGUACACACACGCACACAUGCUGUGUGGCCGGAGGUCUCGCCCCAUAGGAUGGUGGAGGCCAGUAGAACUAGGGUGACUUGUCUUAACCUACUGAGACCGUUUCCUCCCCUGUCGUGGCGUGACUGUGCCUCCCCAGGCGAGCACUUAGCAGCCCUGGAUACGCCAACCCUUGGCUACUUGUGGGGCCGGUCACUGGGGUAAAUCCUGCCUUUGUCCUAGGAUUUUUUUCCGAAUCAACCUUUUAACUCAGGCACUUCUGGUAACUUGGUCUAUGUGUGUUUUGACUGAAUCUCCUGAUCUCCUCCUGUGUUUCCUGGUGCAGCGUAGGGAUUCUUGAAAACCCAGCAAGCAUGCCUGCGGCAUUUGUCUGUCCCCGCUGCCCUGUCCCAACCAUUUACCUCCGCCCCUCUUCCCCCGAGUCAGGAGCCGCUUCUCCGGAGCCAUUCUGCACCCUUGUUGGGUCUGUGUCACCUGAGAACACAAGGCCUCGAAGCCUUGUUUUUGGAAAUGGUGCAUUACUGAGUCAGAGCGUGGCUGGGAGAAAACACAAGCCUGGGUCCACUAGCUGCGCCAUGCGAUGUGCCGAGGAAGACCGACGGGGUUCCCAGUUUCCUUUCCUGAGCCCGUCUCUGCCAGAGAGCAGGAAGCGAGUGUGUGCGCUCGUUUUGGUGCACCCGGUCCUGGCCUCUUCCUGCCGCACACAGUGGCCACCGCGGCGCAUCCCACUGGGGAGGCGUAGGCCCCGGCCCCUCUGGACGGGGUUGCUGCCUGGGAAGGACUCGAGCUGCACGUGGAGCAUUUUCAUCUUGGGAUCACGCACACGGUGCCUCUGGGAACCGUUUUUGUCUUAAUAGCUAUAAGAUGUUUUAUAAUAAACCAGUCCAUUGACUUCUUUCUUCAGAUGAGGGUAGGAAAGAGCCACGUCGGGUGCCCCCCCACGUGUGCCCCUUGAGAAGCCCCCUGCUGCCAGCCGUCCCACCUUGGCAGGGCUGGGGUGCUGGGGGUGUCUCUCCCUGCCCCACCCACAGCACUGGUUGCAGCCAGCUUCCGUCCCUCGCGGAGAUGCGGAGAGCCACGGAGGCUGUGCUGCUGCGGAGAAUGUUUACACCUGCUCUCUAAACCGGCCUUGGGUUCGUGUUAAAGUGUUCAGUUCUGCGAA